AAGGAGGAGCUUCGACGGAAAAUGGAAGAGUUCAAGCGGAAGAGGGAGGCUGAGAAGCAAGAAAAACAAAGACAGCAGGAGCGCGAGGCGAUGGAGAAAGAAAUGCGUGAGCGGAGGGAGCAGUUCGAGAAAGAGAUGGCCGCUGCCAGAGAAGCAGCGGCAAAGGAGGCACGGGAGCGCGCCGAGAAGGAAGCAGCCGAAGCUCGGGCAAAGGCCGAACGCGAUGCUGCGGAGGCCCGAGCAAAGGCUGAAAGGGAGGCCGCUGAAGCAAAAGCUAAGGCGGAGAAAGAAGCUGCCGAGAAGGAAGCGGCUGCAAAAGCGGCUGCAAAGAAGGAGGCGGAUGCCAAGUUUGCAGCCCUCAAGGAGGCGGCAGCAAAAAAGUAUGCCGAGAAGAAGGCCAAAGAUGCCCAAGAGGCAGCGGCCAAGGAGGCAGCAGCAGCGAAAGACGCCGCGGCGAAGGCUGCCAAGGAGAAAUCAGGGAGCGCAUCAGUCCCUCCCCGAAGUCCAUCACCGAAGAAGCCUCCUCCAUCUGGAGCACGAACUACAAUGUCUGCCGAGCAAGACGAUGCAUAUUCCUUUCGACCGUACGACAGACCUCGACGGCCAUAUGGGGGCACAUCAAGCUCGUCAGCAUACUCUGAAUCAUCCUACGCUCCUUCACAAUCGACAGCUCGAACAUCACCUCCACCGUCAAAUAGGGGACGGUAUGAAACUAAAGAUCCUGAUAAGAUUGUUAUCAAGGGUGUUUUUCAGUUCAACAAUGCAUUUGUUAAAAGCCCAGCGGCUCAGCUGGUCUCUGGACAGGGAAUGGUAACGGACGGACUAGUUCUGCGCAUCACUACCGAAGGUCUGUUCAUUGAUGACGAUAUCCGGGGAGUGGGUCAGCGAGAAUGGGACGUCAAGGCGUGGACGAUGAAGUUGGUCGAGGUGUGGUGCCCGCAAUAUGCCUCCCAGAAGCAUAAUCCUCCGAAGCAGAGUUCGUUCUUUGGUCGACGGGACGAAGGGCCUUCAUCGGCGGAGUCUGAUGCAUACCUGCUCAAUCUACUGAAAGUGUGCAAGAAUACCUGUCGCCUUGCGUCGCCAGGGUCUCAGUCCGAGGUACAGAGACUCCAUGUGUUGCGAGCCAGCGUUCGUGACCAGGAGGGUCGAAAAUAUCUUUUCGUCUUGGAAGAGACAGAAGGCUGGAAGGUGGGCAUCGGGCUGCAGCGGCUUCGAAAGGGGGCGCUAGUACGAUCUCUGGGAGUGACGAACAUGUCGGUCAAUGAGGGCCGCUCGAUACUCGGGAACCUUGGAUACAUUUGAUUAGCUUAAGUGUUUUCCAACGGUCCAACUUAAGUGCCUACACGGUAUAUAUCAUUCACCUCACCGCUCAUAGCGAGAUGUUGUUUCAAGAUCCAGCCUUGCAUAGUGUCAUUUUGGCUAGACCUUCAUUUGUACAGAGAUUCCCCCUGUUGUUGAUUGCUUAUGAUGUUGACGAUUUAUUGUGGUUCACGUAUUUCUAGUUGUACAUAAUGCAGUACAGACGUUC